UGUUUAUUUUUCUAAUAAUAAUAAUAUGAUGUGAACACAGGCAGGAAUCCAUUUGACGUUUGAAAAUCUGUCUUUCAGGCCAUUUCACGCGCUUCCUCUCUUUCUCUUACAAUGUACCGUCCCGUUUUCCUAAAGCCCAAGCCUCGCAUUCAUCUCCAUUGUUGCUGCGGAGCUUCUUCAUCGUUGCCUGUUUCCGUAUUGGUUUUCUUGCAAAUUUUUUAACUUUUUUUUUUUUUUUUUUUUAAGUUUUGGUUUCUUUCGGAUUCGUAAUCAGAGCGAUAGCUGAUGAAAUAUAGGGUUUAUGGCUGAGACUAGACUAUAUGCUCCCAAUCAACCAUUAGACCUUGACAGGAUACUGAUGGAAGCACGACACCGUUGGCUUCGGCCUAGUGAAAUUUGUGAAAUACUCCGCAACCAUCACAUGUUUUACUUAAAGACACAUCCGCUUAUCAGGCCUCGAGCUGGUUCUUUGUUCUUGUUUGAUCGAAAAGCUAUUCGCUACUUUCGUAAAGAUGGUUACCAGUGGAGGAAGAAGAAAGAUGGAAAAACUGUCAAAGAAGCUCAUGAAAAGUUGAAGGCCAACAGUGUGGAUGUUCUCCAUUGUUACUAUGCCCAUGGCGAGGAUAAUGAAAACUUUCAGCGACGUAGUUAUUGGAUGCUUGAUGUGCACUUAGAGCACAUUGUUCUUGUACAUUACAGAGAAGUAAAAGAGGGGUACAAGUCAGGCAUCUCCCGCUUAGUAGUAGAUCCUGGAUCACAGGCUGGAAGCUCUCAAAGUAGUCCUGUUUCAUGCUUUGCACAGGAAAACUCACCUGCCCCUACUAUUCAGACAUCUUAUGCAUCAAGUCUGAACAGAGUUGACAGAAAUGGGCUAAUGUUCUCGUCAGAAUUUGAGAAUGUGGAUUCUGGGAAUGAUCCACGAUCAUCUUCUCUCACUCGACCUAUUUUUGGUUCUAUUUUGCAUAACACUUCUUUACUUGAACAUAAAGUUACAGGAUUUCCAGAGUUAUCAAUGAAUCCCCCUGGUUUAUGGUUGGCUGGACCUAAAUAUUGUGAAACUUCUGGAUUAUCUAACUGGGCUGAAGUUAACAGCUUGAGCAAUGCAGAUGGUUCGUCUGACCAGAAAUUCUUUAUUGAGCAUCGAUCUGAAGCUGACUUUAUAACUGAUAAGUUAACAGAUGCUAGGUUGGAUGCUGAUAGCAUAGUCCAAGAUGGUGUAACUCGUGGAGAUAUCAAUGACAAAGGCAACCAGACAUAUAUGGCAGCUUCUCUGGAAGUAGUUCAGGUUCCAGAAGAGUCUGGUUUCAAUUUACCUCAUCCGCGGUUUCACAGUAAUUCAGAUCCUCAUGUGGAAGUAACUUCAACCGUUCAUGCUGAAGAGAAAGGGGCAGAUGGCGUAAAUAAUGAAGCUGGAGAGCUGAAGAAACUUGACAGCUUUGGAAGAUGGAUGGAUAAAGAAAUUGGUCGAGAUUGUGAUAAUUCCUUGAUGGCUUCAGACUCUGGCAACUAUUGGAAUACCCUUGAUGACGAAAAUGACAAGAAGGAAGUAUCCAGUUUAUCACGCCAUAUGCAGCUGGAUGCUGAUCUACUGGGCCCUCAUCUUUGCCAAGAACAGCUAUUUACUAUCCAUGAGUUUUCACCAGAUUGGGCUUAUUCUGAGGAUACAACAGAGUUUUCACCAAAGGAUUCAACAAAGGUGUUAAUUGUCGGUACAUUUUUGGUACGCAAGGAACUAUCUAGCAAGAUUAAGUGGGGAUGUAUGUUUGGUGAAAUUGAGGUUUCUGCUGAAGUUCUGACUGAUACCGUCAUCAGAUGUCAAACUCCUCCUCAUGCUCCUGGGCGUGUCCCAUUCUAUGUCACCCGCAGUAAUAGAUUAGCCUGCAGUGAGGUGAGGGAGUUUGAAUAUCGUGAAAAACCAUCAGGAACUGUGUUUCCGUUGGCUGUAAAAUGUGCACCAGAAGAUGAAGUGUGUUUUCAGAUGCGCCUAGUAAAACUUUUAAAUCUAGGUCGGGUGAGGAAUAGGUUUGAUUGCUCAAUUCAGGAUUGUGAUAAAUGCAAGCUUAAGAGUACUAUAUAUUCAAUGAGAAGUGAAAGUGGAAAUGAUAUGGGAAGGGUUGAAGAGAUUUCUUUGACCUUCAAUAGCAAUCGCAUGAACCCUAGGGAGGAAUUGAUUCAAUGUCUGUUGAAGGAUAGACUUCAUGAGUGGCUGAUCUGUAAAAUUCAUGAAGAAGGUAAAGGACCACAUGUGUUGGACGGUGAAGGCCAAGGAGUAGUACAUUUGGCAGCUGCUCUUGGUUAUGAGUGGGCCAUGGGCCCCAUAGUUGCCGCCGGUGUCAGUCCCAAUUUCAGAGAUGUGCGUGGAAGAACUGGGCUUCACUGGGCAUCGUAUUUUGGGAGAGAGGAAACGGUUAUUGCACUACUUAGAUUGGGUGCUGCUCCGGGUGUUGUUGAGGAUCCAACACCAGCAUCUCCGGGGGGAAAAACAGCUGCUGAUCUAGCAUCAAGCAGAGGGCAUAAAGGGAUAGCUGGAUAUCUGGCAGAAGCUGAUCUAAUCUGUCACCUUUCUACACUGACUGUCAAUGAAAACGUAAUGGACUGCGUUGCUGCACGUAUUGCUGCCGAAAAGGCUAUUGAGAAUGCCACACAAGUUGUCCCGUCAGAUGUGGCAAUAAAUGAGAGCCUUUCUCUGAAAGGAUCUCUUGCUGCGGUUAGGAAAUCAGCUCAUGCUGCUGCACUAAUACAAGCUGCAUUCCGGGCUCGUUCAUUCAAUCACAGACAAUUAAAUAAGAAAAGCAACGAUAUUUCUGAAGUUGCACUUGACCUAGUUACACUAGGCUCUUUGAACAAGGUCCGAAAACGGGGCCACUUCAAGGAAUAUUUGCAUUCUGCAGCUGCCAAGAUACAGCAGAGAUAUCGUGGUUGGAAGGGAAGAAAAGAGUUUUUGAAAAUACGGAGCCGUAUUGUGAAAAUUCAGGCUCAUGUGAGGGGACAUCAAGCUCGGAAACAGUAUAGAAAGAUUAUUUGGUCUGUUAGUGUUGUUGAAAAGGCAAUACUGCGCUGGAGGCGGAAACGAACUGGUUUACGGGGAUUUCGAGUGGAAGAAGUUAUGGGAGAUGUGGCAUCAGAGACUCAGAAAACUGAUGAGUAUGAAUUCUUGAGAAUUAGCAGGAAACAAAAAUUCGCUGGAGUUGAAAACGCUCUGGCAAGAGUCAGGUCCAUGGUUCGUUAUCAAGAAGCACGUGAUCAAUAUAUGAGGCUAAUUACGAAGUUUGAGAAUAUAAAGGUGCGUGAUGAAGGGAGCAGUACAAUUCUGCAAGGAGAAAUUUCACAAAAGAGCAUAACAAGGGAAGAUUUGCCUGCAUGCUCAGAGGAAGUUGCACUUACAGUUGUUGAUCAGUGAUCUACUUGGUAUCAAGUAGUGAGUGUAAAUUGAACUGUUUGAGCAGCCAGGCAGUUUGUCGUACUGCUCAUGCCUUUUUUUUUUUAACCUGUAAGUAGUGUCUUAACAUGUUUUACCCAGGAGGAGAAAAGGGGAUUGCAGGGGUUGAAGGUUGUACAUAUAUUUUUUUGGGUGGCUCUACAGCCACCGCUCUCAGUCCCGCUGGAAGCUACCGAUAGUAUAAAAUGUUGUGU